CAACGGCUAUACAUCAGUGAAUCCAAUCCAAGGUACUUUGCACGUAACUAUCUGGAAUCGCAGCUCGUCUGGUGGACGUUACUUUAAUCAUGGACUUUUCACGCUCAGCCAUCCCGCAGGCUUCGCGGGAGAAGAAACAGAGAUAGAUAUUUGCCAGAUAUUCGAUGCCAAUACUCAUUUCCAUAGCUACGCCAACUUCACGAAGCAGCCAUAAAAAAUGGCUAUCAAAUUUAACCUUCUAUGACCCAAAAAUCAAUACCAAAAUCAUCACCAUUUCCCUCAAUUCUUCAAUAAAACAAUGGAGAAUGAGCUUAAAGAUGUAAAUCCGGAGCCUUCCAAGCCCCGCCAACCAGAACCUCAACCGGAAACAGCCAAUGACAAUGCCUCCAACAGGGAUGAUCGUCCUCUCCUCAAAUCCGAUUCCAAAGGGAUGUCGACGGCCAAUAUCGAAGAUCUUGAGAAGAAAUUCGCUGCAUUCGUGCGUAAUGACGUCUACGGGACCAUGGGACGUGGAGAACUGCCGUUGGCCGAGAAGGCCUUGCUAGGCUUCGCGUUGGUGACUCUCUUGCCGAUUCGAGUCAUGCUCGCGAUGAUAAUAUUGUUCUUUUAUUACUCAGUUUGUAGGAUUUGCACGCUUUUCUCGGCCCCGAACCGGGACGUGGAGGAGGAGCAGGAGGAUUUCGCGCACAUGGGAGGGUGGAGCAGGGCCGUGAUUGUGAGGUGCGGGAGCUUUGUUUCCAGAGUUAUGCUUUUCUUGUUUGGGUUUUAUUGGAUUAGGGAAAGCUAUAGGAUUCUAGAGCAACCUCAGAACAAGUCUUUUACUCAGAAUGAGGGCAAAGAUCAAUCUGGAGUACCUGAAAGACCUGGGGCAAUAAUUUCUAAUCAUGUUUCGUAUUUGGAUAUUUUGUACCACAUGUCUUCUUCUUUUCCAAGUUUUGUUGCCAAGAGAUCAGUGGGCAAAUUGCCUCUUCUUGGUCUCAUCAGCAAGUGCCUCGGUUGUGUCUAUGUUCAAAGAGAGUCAAAAUCAUCUGACUUCAAAGGCGUUGCAGUUACUAUAGUGAGCUUUGUAGGUGCUGUGACUAAAAGAGUUGGAGAAGCUCAUCAGAAUGAGUCUGCUCCUAUAAUGAUACUUUUCCCUGAAGGCACCACAACCAAUGGAGAUUUCCUUCUUCCGUUCAAGACAGGAGCAUUCUUAGCUGGUACUCCUGUGCUUCCAGUGAUACUGAGAUAUCCUUACCAGAGAUUCAGUCCUGCUUGGGAUUCAAUUUCUGGGGUGCGCCAUGUGAUUUUUCUCCUCUGUCAAUUCAUAAAUUACAUAGAAGUGAAAAGGUUACCUGUUUACUAUCCAUCACAGGAAGAGAAGGACAACCCAAAGCUAUAUGCUUCUAAUGUCCGAUGGUUAAUGGCUCGUGAGGGUGAUUUAGUAAUGUCAGAUAUUGGACUAGCUGAGAAGCGAGUAUAUCAUGCUGCUCUGAAUGGUAAUAAUAGCCUGCCUAGUAUUUUGCAUCAGAAAGACGAUUGAUAAUUUCAUGGACUUGCUUCCAAAUGAUAUCUAGUCUCAGUUGAGCUUCUUAGUUUCUUUGGGUAUUUCCAUAAAAUGAUAGCCAAAACGUGGGGUGGUUCUCUACCCAUGUUGCUAACAAAUGAUGAUGAUAUGCCAUUAUUGUCUUGUAAAUUCCCAGAAUGGGAGUUGUGGCCAUUGAGUACAUUUCUUAAAUGUGAUGGUGGAUCUUUCUUGAGCAUCAGAUUUAAGAGUUGCUCGGGAUUUUAUCUCCUUAUUUGGAAUAAAAAAUUUUACAAAAAUUCAAUUCAA